AGUGUCGUAUCGGCUGACGAAGAGAAGAUCAAGACAGUAGGGCGAAUGACGAAUGUAGCAUUCCGAUUGGGAAAAGUGCAUGCUUUAGGAGAUGUUGUGGUGUUGGAUGUAAAUACGUAUAACGUUCUUCUCGGGCUUCCUGCAUUCGUGGCGCUGCGUGGUAAUUUGGACUUCGAAUGCCGAUCCGUCAUUCUCCGGAAUACCAGGGGAAAGCCGUAUGUAAUACCCAUGAGACUAACUCUUCGAACGUCGGUUAAGGUAGUACCCCGAAUUUCUCCGGAAACAAUGGGAGCGCUCCGCAUGGUCUCCUGGAAUGCACCUGUGGACGGAGGCCAAUCAUCGAACGACGCAGGGAGCGACGACGAUGACGAUCCAGUCGUUACACGGUUAGUACGGCAGCGGAUUCACUACCCGCCGCCUCGCACUAUUGCGCGUACUAUGCAUCUGACCACACAGAAUGCUCAUAUGAUGAUCAUGGGAGAACCCCUCGUACAGAUUUCGAGGCUGGUUGAUUCCUUGGAACCCCCUCGGACCCUGUACGAAGGCGUAUCUCCCCUUCUCCUUCGGUAUAGUGACAAACGUUCCUUUUGUGAUCUCACUGGCUUACCUCGAUCCCUGCUUCAGCCCGCAAAAGAGGUUCAGUUGUUGCGUUUGGGAGCCGAAGCAGGUUCUUUGGAACCCCCUCAGCGCAUCGAGGCAAGAUCCGAUGAACUCGGGAUCAAAAUUUCGCCCAAAAGCGUGCACUGGCGAGGCGUCUGCGACGGGAUAACCCCCGAAGGUCAUACAACAAUCAGGGAGGAGGAAGCACAGAUGGUGGCCACUGUGUUUUCUUGGAGAUCGGAUCACUCUUUUAUAUCUGCAUCGCCUGACACUACUCGGCGUAUACACACGAAGCAAGUUAACGUUCAGAUUUUGGAUCAAAUGUAUGAAUUGCAUGUGCCCCAGUAUGUACCUGAUGAGAUCCAUCGGUUGAUCGCUGAUAUUUUAAUAGAAUAUCGAGGGGCGAUUAGCGUGUCCGAUGCCGAUAUUGGAUUAUCUGUGGUCGUUCAGCAUGAGAUUCAGACCGGGAAUCAUUCCCCGAUCCACUACAAGCCGUACCGAUACUCAUUGACAGAGCGCAAGACGGCCUUGCAGCGAAUCAAGGAAUUUGAGGCAAACGGAUGGAUUGAGCCUGCCACCGGUCCCUGGUCGUUCCCAGUUGUAUUGGUUCCUAAAAAGAACGGGUCAGUCCGCAUAUGCAUCGAUUAUCGAAAACUAAAUGAUAUCACGAUUAAAGAUGUGUAUCCCCUUCCCCGGAUUGAUGAUCUGCUUGAUGCGAUCGGGUGUGCUAACUACUUCAGCAAGUUCGACAUUCGGCAUGGGUUUCAUCAUAUCUUGGUGAAGGAAGAAGAUCGGCCCAAGACCGCCUUCGUUUUGUUUGAAGGCACGUGGCAGUGGGUUCGGUGUCCGAUGGGAAUCUGCAAUGCGCCUGCCACGUUUCAGCAGGCGAUGAACGUGACUUUUCAUAAUUUCGUCAAUAAGACACGACUGACUCAGGGGAUUAUUAACUUCUGCGUCAUUGUGUACAUGGAUGACAUUCUGGUGUACUCGGACACGUUUCACGGACACGCACAACACAUCGAAUGGACGUUGGGUGCGUUGAGAGACGCACGUUUCAAGAUUGCGCUGGAAAAGAGCGAGUUUUGCCUUCUGAAAAUCUCAUUCUUAGAGUAUGUGGUGACACGAGAAGGCCUGCGGCCGGACUCUCGAAAAGUCGCGGCGGUCAAAGAGGCCCCGGUUCCGACCUCACUGACGCAGGUUCGAGCCUUCUUGGGCCUGGCCUCGUAUUACCGGCGGUUCAUCAAGGGGUUCGCGGCUAUAGCAAGGCCUCUGACAAACCUGCUGCGAAAAGAACAGCCCCUUCAUUGGGAUGACGAGUGCGACCAAGCCUUCGGGGCCUUGAAGGAUGCUCUCGUCACGGCCCCGAUUCUGAUUCGGCCGGACCCCUCUCGGCAGUUUAUUCUCAUCACCGACUGGCAGCCGGAGGCUAUUUCGGCAAUUCUAGUACAGAAGGGAAACGAUGGGAAGGAGCAUGUAGUUGAGUACGCUUCCCGGACGGUGCCAGACGAGCAACGAAACGAUUCCGCGCCACAAGGGGAAUGCUAUGCGGUAGUGUGGGGUAUCCAGCACUUCCAUCCGUAUUUGUACUGUAACGGGAGUGAGGCUGAGGUGCGUCCAGGCUGUCGGAGGCUUCUCACCCAGGAGCUUACGGUCCCAAUUGCGCAGCUGGCCGACGAUCUUGACGUCAACAUUGUCUCCCAGGUCGACCCGCGCUUGGUGCCCCACGUCACCUCGCGCACGCUGUCGCCGUAUCUUCAGUGGUCAGCUUGCGUGGAGGGCUUCCCCUCGAAAAUUCCGCCUUCACGGUUGGAUUAUUUGGAUCCGCGCGACAUCGUGGAUCCCUCUUUCUAUAGACUGCCGUACGAGGACGAAUUGGAGGAGAUAGUCCGCGAGGAGCUCGCGGAAGAAAGUUCGGAGGAAGAGGAGGAGAAUCUGAACGAAGACGAAGGGGAGACGGCACAGCAGCGAGAAGGAGACGAAGACGAGCUCCUGCAAACGGAGAGCGAAGAGGAAACAGAAGAAGGAGACAGCGAGCAAGGGAGCGGUGACGACAACGACGAGUAGCAUGCCGACGAGGAUCCCCAGCUAGAAAUUGCACCGGUUGCUGAUCUUCCGAUCGGCAACGAUCCAACGC